AUGACACAGUUGCGCUAUGUUUCUAUGGAUGCUGUUCAAGAUUCUACUUCUGCUGCUGUUGCUGCUGCUGCUGUUGCUGCUGCUGCUGCUGUUGCUGCUGCUGCUGCUGCUGCUUCUCUGAUGCGGCCAGCAGCAGCGGAGCUUUCAAGCGCAGCAGCAGAGCAGCACCAGCAGCAGCAGCACCAGCAGCAGGAGGGAGCUUUCAAGCGCAGCAGCAGAGCAGCACCAGCAGCAGCAGCACCAGCAGCAGGAGCUUUCAAGCGCAGCAGCAGAGCAGCACCAGCAGCAGCAGCACCAGCAGCAGGAGCAGCAGCAGCAGCAGCAGGAGCAGCAGGAGCAGCGCCAGCAGCAGCAGCAGCAGCAGCAGCAGCAGCAGCAGCGGGAGUAUCAACUCACAAGAGAAGGUAUGAAGCACCACCAUCUAUCCUGGGGGGAUAG